UUCUCUCGAUUAUCAACAGAUGGCAGAACAAAAAGAGGCGCUUAUAACUUCCUCUUGAUGAUACGGAUGUUUUGAUUUAUAGUAAUCUGAGUUACUAUGACGUCAUAGGAGAUUACUGGGUGAAUAUUUUUUAUUAGUUUAUUCUUAAGACAGGACUUCAUCCUAGUGUUUCCCAUUUUGAAUGCAGUGCUUUAAAUUGAAAGUUAACCUAAGCAUUAUUCCUAAAACAUCAAACAUUAUCUUAGAACCAGUAUGAAAAACUCAUUCUUGCAAAAUACUACGGACAUUUAAAAAAAAGUGAAAUCCACAUUUUUCUCUAUUUUUAAAAAUGACUGAACAGAUGAUGACCGGCGAGGUGAAGACUGACGAGGAAGCAAUUGGUGAAGUAACUGACCAGGUGAUUGGUGAGGUUGCUGACCAAGUGAUUAUUGAUGAGAUUAUUACUGACCAAGAAAUGUCUGACCAGCAAAGGAAAGAUGAGGAACCACCCAUUCAAAAAAUAACUUCUGUAGACCAGGAAUCUCAAAACAAAAGGUAUGGACAUGGGGAAUACAAUCUUACUUCACAUCUUUUAUUCGCAAUUGCUGCAGCUGGAGGUGGUGCAGGAUUUCAACAUGGCUACAACACAGGAGUUAUAAAUGCGCCGCAAUCGCUAUUGGUGGAUUUCGUAAAGGAAACAUACCAGAAUCGUUAUGGAGAAGUAAUGGAAGAAAAUAAAGUUGGUAUCCUGAUCUCUACUUUAGUGGCUGCAUUCUGCCUGGGUGGCAUGAUCGGGGCUUUACUUUCGUCAUACGCGGCCGAUUAUAUCGGACGCAAAUGGGGUCUCAUUUGGAAUAACAUUCUCGUUUUCGUAGGAGCAAUUCUCGAAGGUUGUUCCAAAGAAGCCAGUUCAUACGAAAUGUUCAUCAUAGGAAGAUUCAUAAUUGGUAUUAACUGUGGCCUGAAUGCUGCUCUGGGACCCAUGUACUUAUCAGAAAUAUCUCCAGUCAACUUUAGAGGAGCUAUAGGUUCCAUUUACCAGCUUACUAUCACAGUAACGAUUCUAAUAUCGCAAGUUAUGGGUCUUCCUGAGUUAUUUGGUAAUGAUUCUGGCUGGCCAUACGUGUUUGCACUAGCAUUUAUCCCUGCUGUAAUGAUGAUGAUCGCGCUUUAUUUCUGCCCAGAAUCACCUAAAUAUCUUUUGAAUAUUGGUGAAGCUGAGCAAGCCAAACAAGCAAUUCAAUGGAUUCUAGAAUCUGAAAAUGUUGAGGAAGAAAUGACAUUUUUGAAAAACGAAAUUGACGAUGCUCGGAGUUUGCCAAAGGUUACCCUUAAAGACAUGGCUAAUAAGGAGGUGUUGAAAAAGCCCCUUAUUGUUUCUGUAGUGAUUAUGAUGGCGCAACAGUUUUCUGGCAUCAAUGCAGCCAUGUAUUAUUCGACACAGAUAUUCAAGGCGGCGGGAGUGUCGGAGAGAAGUGCAGUCUAUUGUACGAUGGGAAUGGGGGUAGUCAAUGUUUUGACCACGAUUGUGUCUGUAAUACUGGUAGAAAGAGUUGGACGGAAAAUCCUCUUUCUGGUCGGAAUGGCUGGCAUGGCUAUCCUGUGCAUCAUCCUCACAAUUUCAAUGUCUUUAAAGAACUUCGGGCAUUUCGCAUCAUACAUAAGUGUUAUAACCAUCUUCUGUUUUGUGAUCAUGUUUGCGAUAGGACCGGGUUCCAUUCCCUGGUUUAUAGUGUCAGAACUGUUCACUCAAAAUGCGCGAUCUUUAGCGACAAGUAUUGCAGUUGGUACCAACUGGGGUUGUAAUUUUAUUGUCAGCAUUGGAUUCAUGCCGCUUUUUGAAUUGCUCAAGAACUUCAGCUUCCUCAUCUUCUUGGUGUUUCUGGUUCUGUCCAGCCUAUUCAUAUACUUAAAAGUACCCGAAACGAAAAAUAAAACAAUCGAAGAAAUACAGGAAUAUUUCCGUAGCGAAACUUCAGACACGGCUGGAUUGCCUCACUAGGAGUCAUGCCAUGGAAAAUAUUGUAUGACAAACUGUGACAUUUUUUAAAAUUUUAGCGAAUAUACAAAUGACAGCUGAAUUAUAAAUGUAUACAUGUAUAUAUUGUGAUUUCUUGUAUGUAAACUUUAUAAUUUCAUUCCCUGUUUUUUAUUCUUUUGAACCUUAUUGUGAAAUAACAG